AGUCUCUCUAAUCUGUGAUCAAUAGUCAAUAGUGACGCAUGUCAAUGUCAAUUGCUUUUCCUGUUUGUAUAGACAGUGUUACAUGCUAAGGUUAUGUGAUUGUCUUAUUUGAUCGUCUAAUAUAGGAGUUUACUUAAACCAUGGCUGAUGAGGAGUACGAAGCGGAGGAUGCAGGAGCAGAUUAUGAUGAUAUAGCUGAAGAAGAAGAUAAUAUUGAGGAGACUGAAGAACAAGAAGAAGAUGGGUACAAUGUACAAUGUCUUGCGCCAGGACAAGCUGGAGGAGGAGUAGAAAAGUCCAAGCGUAUUACUACUCGAUAUAUGACCAAGUAUGAACGUGCCAGAGUAUUAGGGACACGAGCGCUUCAAAUAGCAAUGUGUGCACCAGUUAUGGUAGAACUGGAAGGUGAAACUGAUCCUCUACAGAUAGCUAUGAAAGAGUUAAAACAACGAAAGAUUCCAAUAAUAAUCAGAAGAUACCUUCCGGAUCACUCUUAUGAAGAUUGGAGCAUUGAUGAACUUAUUAUAAUUGAUCAUUAAAUUAAGUAAUUAGUCAUAAAUUUUAAGAUAAUACAAAGUUUAAUAAGAAAAUGGCAUUUAUAUUUUAUUAACCAACUUUAGAUUGAUUGGUUUCCAGAUGAAUAGAAUACAAAUCUCUCAAUAUGAUGGAAAAUAAGUGAACUAAUAAUAUAAAUGUUUGUUAACAUUAUACAUACCUUUUCUUGUAAUAUAUAUUUUUUUAUAAUACUA